AUGACUUCAGUCAAUCUCACCCUCAAUUCCACGCAUAUCGCUGAUGAAUUUACGAAUAUACUUGGCAUUAUUCAAGGUGCAAUCUAUAUUCCGAUAUUUUGUGCUGGACUGGCCAAUAAUUUACUCACAAUUCUCAUCAUUUCGCUGAAUCGAGACAUGAAGACAGUAACUAAUUGCUAUCUACUCAACUUAGCAAUUAGCGAUACUUUACCGUUGAUUGUCAGUUUACCAUUUGAAAUCGAAUUUCUGCGAAUUAAAGCUCCUUGGGAACGUCUCGGAUGUCAAAUUCGUGCUCUUCUUGCUGAAACAUCUACGAAUGCAUCGAUAUUAACCAUCAGUGCAUUUACGAUCGAACGUUAUCUAGCUGUCUGUCAUCCACUUCGUGAUGCGUCAGUCUCGACAUUCGGAAGUGCGAUUAAAAUUCAAAUUAUCAUUUGGUUUUUUGCUAUUCUUUCUUCAACGCCAUACUUUUAUCUAACGGAAAUAGUCAACUCUGAAUGUUUCUUAAAUCCCAAAUACGCUGCUCUUGUUGUGAUCUGUUUUCAUAUUUCGACGAUCGUUUUUUUCGUUCUACCAGCAUUUAUACUCUGUCUCUUGUAUGCACUGAUGGCACGUCGAUUGUAUAAUAUCGGAUUAUUGACUGAUCCAGAUUCGAUGAAGGAAGACACGAUUACCCUGGAUACUGGCUUACAUUCAGGUGGAUCAAUAUCACAAAAUCGAGUCGAGCGUCGCACAUUACCUACAGAUUCUGUUCCAACACGCCAAUCAUUGAUUCGACACGAGAGAACUUCUUCUCGGCGGUUAUCCUUACAUAUUCAAUCAAUGAAAAAGUCAGCCUUUAAAAUGCUUUUCGCGGUAGUUAUUGCAUUUAUUAUCUGCUAUGCUCCGUUUCAUAUGCAGCGUUUGAUAACAAGUCGUCCGACUGCUCAAUUAUCUCAAACUCAGCAACGUGUGUAUAGAAUCUUCUACUUUAUCAGCGGCAUUUUAUACUACAUCGGUGCGACGGUGAAUCCGAUAUUUUAUCAUUUAUUUUCUCGUAAAUAUCGUUUGGCAUGUAUUCGAACAAUGAAAAGAAUUGUUCAUUGCAAACGGCAUUAUCGCUAUCCGAUUAUACAAAGAAAAAAUAACUCAUUACCGGUUCUGUACUAUCCUCGACUCCAUGGAAUGCCAUUGAAGCCAACGGAAAAUAUGUAUCGAAUCAAACAACGUCGGAAGACAAGUAUUGAUAUAGGAUUUAAUAGGAGACAUAUCAUACGAUUAUCAGUACCACCAUUGACUCUGAAACAAAUCCGAUAG